AUGUCUUACGGUGGAUAUGGGUAUGGCCAACAAGGAGGCUAUGGACAGCCUCAGGCGCCUCAAGGUGUUGAUCCAAAUUGGCUUUCUGGGAUAUUUCAGAGGAUUGACAGGGACAGAAGUGGUGCGAUAUCUGCCAGUGAGCUACAAGUGGCUCUUUCUAAUGGCACGUGGACGCCUUUCAACCCCGAGACUGUGCGUCUGAUGAUUGGCAUGUUUGACAGAGACAACUCUGGCACAAUCAACUUUCAGGAGUUCAUGUCCCUGUGGAAGUACGUGACAGACUGGCAGAACUGCUUCCGUUCCUAUGACAGGGAUAACUCUGGGUCAAUAGACAAAAACGAGCUGAAAACCGCACUGACUGGCUUUGGUAGGUUGUUUAACUUUAUUCGAAUGUGA